AUGGCAACCACGGCAUCUUCCAGCCCCUUCACGGCAGAGGCCUGCCAGUCGACCUUUGAGCAGGCCGUCGCCCUGUCCCUGCACAUGUGGCCGGCCCUCUCCCUCGCCGUCCAGAACCACUGGGGCGGCCCGGACUCCGCCGACAAGAGAGACUGGUUCGCCGGCGCCGUCGCCGAGAUCUUCCCGACCUUCGCCAAGAUCUCCGCCGCUGGCCAAGCUAUUCCCGCCAGCGCCGCCGCCGCCGCCGAGGAACCCGACACCGAGUACGUCGAGACCAUGCUGCUGCAGGUCAUGCUGGACGAGUUCGAGGUCAACGUCGACGACGAGACGGGCUUCGAUGUCGCCGAGCAGAUUGUCAAGCUGCGGGCCGAGUGCGCAAAGGGCAACUUCGCUGCCGUUGACGAGCUGCGCGCCAAGUGGGAGAGCCGCAAGGGUGCCAAGGUGGAAGGGCUUUACAAAAAGGUCGAGGCCGGCGAUCAGGACACCGACUGGGAGGAUGACGACAGCGAGGAUGACGACGAAGAUGAUGUUGAGAUGGACGACGCGCCUCAGCUCGUUCGUGCGCCGAGGGAGAAGCCGGAGCCGGAGGUCGACGAAGACGGUUUCACCACGGUCACCAAGAAGAAGAGAUAA